CUCCUGUUAGUGAUUUAGGUGUGGCUAGUUAACGUCUCAUUCCUGUGCAGUGAUAUAUCUGUAGUUGAAGGAAGGAGCUGCACAUUCUCUGGGGGGUAAUAUAUAUAUUUAUUUAUUUUUAAAUUAUUUAUUACAAAUGUAUUCUGCCAAGAACAGGUUUGUGCAAUCAGUGCAGCGCCUGCAGGACUUUAGGAAUAUGUAUGAUUAUGAAGCUCGCCUUGCAACAUUCGCAGACUGGCCCUUUACUGAAAACUGCAAGUGCACCCCAGAAAAUAUGGCCAAGGCUGGCUUUGUACACUGCCCCACUGAGAAUGAGCCCGAUGUUGCUUGUUGUUUUUUCUGCUUGAAGGAGCUGGAGGGCUGGGAGCCAGAUGAUGACCCUUGGAAUGAACAUUCCAAGCGUUCCGUCAACUGCGGUUUCCUUUCCCUGACAAAGUGUGUCAAUGACCUCACAAUGGAAGGGUUCCUGCGGCUGGAGGGUGAUAGGAUCAAAAGUUUCUAUCGCAAAUUUUCCACUGUUGUCCUCCAGUAUGUCGAGGAAGAAAUGACUGCAGCUACAAAGCGCCUGCUGGAAUACUUCUCCAACCAACACCAGUGCUCCAUAGAUCUCGACCACUAAAUGCGAGCAAAGACCAAUAGCAUGGGUGGCAAGCAAAUUCAUUUAUGUAAACCCUAAUGCAUCAGAUGUCUGGUAACAUGGAUGCUGACCCUUCUCCUUUGCUGAAAUUCUUUUUAAAGUCCAAUUUGUACUUAUUAUUUUUUAGAAACGUUGGAAGUGUGCUGAGGUUUUAACAUUCUCCUAAUUUUUAAAUCAAAUAAAAUAAUUUUAUUAUUGCAA